AUGGCACAAUUAAGCCCCGAUUUGCAGAACAAGCUCGAGGAGCUUGAGAAGGAGUUGGAGGAAGGCGACAUCACAGAGAAAGGGUUGGCAUUUCCCCUCAGUCUGACCACGAUUUGGCAAUACCAGAAGCGACGAACGCAGCUCCUCUCUCAGUACAUGGGCCCUGGCUCAGCCGGAUUUCCCGCCGCCCCCGAGCACAGAGGCGGAUUGGGCAUACACUCGCCAGACAGCUCCGGACACCCCUCUAGCGAUGGGCACCGCGCAGCCGCCCUCGCCGCCCUCGGUGGCAGAGACUCCGAUCCCACGAGCCCGACAUCGCCAACCUCAGGCCGACCGCAGUCGCCGUUUAGCGGCCACGGUUCCGGCGGCUACGCUUCCCCUGGCUACGCAUCGCCCGGUGGCGGUUACAACUCCCCCGAAAUGAACCCCGCAGGCCUCCUCCGCCCGGGCGGUCCCCUCGCCGAGCACAGGCCAACUAUGAAGCAGCACGAUUCUCUGUUCCUGUCGAACCCGAACGACCCGCAGACGAGGUCCGGCACCAUGGUGUCGACGGACUACGCCUUCAACCCCGACCAGCAGGGGGCGUACAUGGACCACGGCCAGCAGAACCCAUACGACAGCCGCACGGGCACGAUGUUGGACACCACGGGAUACUUCUCGGGCUUUACUGGAGGCCAGAACUUCGACCAGCCGCCUCAAGAAGAGUACGGCGGGGGACAUAGGUACUCCUCCGGCGAGGCCUUUUCGCCCACGGCGGCGAUGGCGCCGCCCAUGCUCACCGCAAACGACCUGCCUCCGCCAGAGGUGCUCGAGUACCAGAUGCCGCUGGAACCCCGCGAUCUCCCGUUUGCGAUUUCCGACCCGCACGACAGCAACACCCCCAUGUCGAAAUUCGACAACAUCGCCGCAGUGUUGAGGCACAGAGGAAGGACGACGGCGAAACUGCCCGCCUACUGGGUUCUCGACAGCAAGGGCAAAGAGAUAGCGUCCAUCACGUGGGACAAGCUUGCGUCAAGAGCCGAGAAGGUCGCACAGGUCAUCCGGGACAAGAGCUCGCUCUACAGGGGUGACCGCGUGGCUCUCAUCUACCGCGACACGGAAAUCAUCGAUUUCGCCAUUGCCCUUCUCGGAUGUUUCAUCGCCGGCGUCGUCGCAGUCCCGAUUAACGAUCUCCAAGACUACCAGAAGCUCAACCUCAUUCUGACUUCGACCCAAGCGCACUUGGCGCUCACUACAGACAACAACCUGAAGACGUUCCAGCGCGAUAUCACCACGCAGAAAUUGAACUGGCCAAAGGGCGUCGAGUGGUGGAAGACGAAUGAGUUCGGUGGUUUCCACCCGAAGCGCAAGGAUGAGGUGCCCCCUCUGACGGUGCCCGAUCUCGCGUACAUUGAGUUUUCGCGGGCUCCUACUGGUGACCUGAGAGGCGUCGUGCUGAGCCACAGGACAAUCAUGCACCAGAUGGCGUGCUUGAGUGCCGUCAUAUCUACAGUGCCUGGAAACGGCCCGGGAGACACCUUUAGUCGUACGUUGCGAGACAAGAACGGCCGGCUCAUCGGUGCCGGCUCGACCAGCGAAACGCUGCUCUCAUAUUUGGACCCUCGCUCAGGUAUCGGCAUGAUUCUCGGCGUCCUGCUUACCGUCUACGGAGGCCACACGACGGUGUGGCUGGAAAACAAAGCGGUCGAAGUCGCGGGACUGUACGCUCACCUCAUCACCAAGUACAAGGCAUCGCUCAUGAUCGCCGACUACCCCGGCCUCAAGCGAGCCGCCUACAAUUACCAACAAGACCCGAUGACCACGAGAAACUUCAAGAAGGGCAUGGAGCCAAACUUCCAGACGGUAAAGCUGUGUCUCAUCGACACCUUGACCGUCGAUAGCGAGUUCCACGAAGUGUUAGCGGACAGAUGGCUGAGGCCGCUGCGAAACCCGCGGGCUCGUGAGGUUGUCGCGCCUAUGCUCUGUCUUCCCGAACACGGCGGCAUGGUCAUCAGCAUUCGUGAUUGGCUGGGCGGUGAAGAGCGCAUGGGAUGUCCUCUGAAGCUGGAUAUCAACUCCGAAGAUGAGUCCGACUUUGAGGAGAAAGAAGAAGUGAAACCGGCACCGUCCAACGGCUUCGGCAGUCUCCUCGGAGGUGGCGGUACCACGACGACUGAGCAGCGCGCUAAGAACGAGCUCAGCGAGGUCCUCCUCGACCGGGAGGCAUUGAAGACGAACGAAGUGGUCGUUCUCGCGAUUGGAGACGAGGCUCGAAAGAGGGCCAGCAGCGAGCAGGGCGCUGUCCGUGUUGGUGCUUUUGGAUACCCGAUACCCGAUGCCACGCUUGCCGUUGUCGACCCCGAGACCGGCCUGCUGGCAUCACCGCACUCAGUUGGAGAGAUUUGGGUCGAUUCGCCCUCGCUAUCCGGCGGCUUCUGGGCCCUUCCUAAACACACCGAGCAAAUAUUCCACGCCCGUCCGUACAAGUUCGACCCCGGCGAGCCGACGCCGACGCCCGUGGAACCCGAGUUCCUGCGCACCGGUCUGCUCGGUACGGUGAUCGAGGGCAAGAUCUUCGUCCUCGGCUUGUACGAGGACCGCAUCCGCCAAAAGGUGGAAUGGGUCGAGCACGGUGCCGAGGUCGCCGAACACCGAUACUUCUUCGUCCAGCACCUCGUCGUCAGCAUUGUCAAAAACGUGCCUAAAAUUUACGAUUGCUCAGCUUUCGAUGUGUUUGUCAACGAGGAACACCUCCCUAUCGUCGUCUUGGAGUCUCAAGCGGCGUCAACAGCGCCCGCCACGUCAGGGGGCCCGCCUGUGCAGCUCAACACUGCGCUGCUGGACUCUCUCGCCGAGCGAUGUAUGGACGUGUUGAUGCAGGAACAUCACUUGCGGCUGUACUGCGUUAUGAUUACGGCUCCUAACUCUCUCCCUAGAGUGGUGAAGAAUGGACGAAAGGAUAUCGGCAACAUGCUUUGCAGACGAGAGUUCGAUCUCGGCAAUCUGCCCUGCGUCCACGUCAAGUUCGGCGUGGAGCACGCCGUCCUCAACCUGCCGAUUGGUGUCGACCCCAUUGGUGGUAUCUGGUCGCCCAUCUCGUCGAACUCCCGUGCCGACAUCCUCAUGUCCGCCGACAAGCAGUAUUCUGGUAUCGAUAGGAGAGAGGUCGUUAUUGACGACCGCACAUCGACACCUUUGAACAACUUUGCCUGCAUCACCGAUCUCAUCCAAUGGCGCGUGGCAAGACAGCCAGAGGAGCUCGCCUACUGCACCAUUGACGGUCGCGGCAGAGAGGGCAAGGGCGUUACGUGGAAGAAGUUCGACAUGAAGGUCGCUGCCGUGGCGUUGUACCUCAAGAAUAAGGUCAAGGUCCGCCCGGGAGACCACCUCAUUCUCAUGUACACGCACUCGGAGGAGUUCGUCUUCGCCGUCCAUGCCUGCAUCAACCUCGGCGCGGUCGUCAUUCCGAUGGCCCCCCUCGACCAGAAUCGCCUCAACGAAGACGUCCCUGCGUUUUUGCACGUCGUCGCCGACUUCCGCGUUAAGGCCGUGUUAGUCAACCAGGACGUCGACCAUCUCGUCAAGCUGAAGCCCGUCGGCAACCACAUUAAGCAGGCCGCCUCCAUCCUCAAGACCCCGAUACCCCAUUAUUACAACACCACCAAGCCGCCGAAGCAGAGCAGCGGCCUGAGAGACAACGGCAUCACUAUGCAGCCCGCUUGGAUUCAGUCUGGAUACCCGGUCAUCAUCUGGACCUACUGGACACCCGACCAGCGCCGUAUUGCGGUUCAGCUGGGGCACGACACCAUCUUAGGUAUGUGCAAGGUCCAGAAGGAGACCUGCCAGAUGACGAGCUCCCGCCCGGUGCUCGGCUGCGUUCGCAGUACGACCGGCCUGGGAUUCAUCCACUCCUGCUUGAUGGGCAUCUACAUCGGCACGCCAACAUACCUCCUGUCGCCCGUCGAGUUCGCCCAAAACCCAAUGUCGCUGUUCGUGACUCUGUCGAGAUACAAGAUCAAGGACACGUACGCCACCCCGCAGAUGCUGGACCACGCCAUGGCCAUGAUGCAAGGCAAGGGCUUCACGCUCCACGAGCUCAAGAACAUGAUGAUCUCCGCCGAGAGCCGGCCGCGCGUCGAUGUGUUCCAGAAGGUACGGCUGCACUUCGCUGCUACCGGCCUCGACAGGACCGCCAUCAACACCGUCUACUCGCACGUCCUCAACCCCAUGGUCGCGUCGAGGUCGUACAUGUGCAUCGAGCCUAUCGAGCUCUGGCUGGACACCAAGGCCUUGCGCCGCGGCCUGAUCUACCCUGUGGACCCGGAGCAGGACCCUAAGGCCCUUCUCAUUCAAGAUUCCGGCAUGGUCCCUGUAUCUACCCAGAUCGCCAUUGUCAACCCCGAGAGCCGACUCCUCUGCCACGACGGCGAGUACGGCGAGAUCUGGGUCGACUCCGAGGCGUGCGUCAAGGGAUUCUACGGCUCCAAGGACGUGUUCGACGCGGAGCGCUUCGACGGUCGCACUAUGGAUGGCGACCCGAGCAUCCAGUACGUCCGCACGGGUGACCUGGGUUUCCUGCACAACGUGAGCAGGCCUAUCGGUCCUGGUGGCGCGCAGGUCGACAUGCAAGUUCUUUUCGUCCUCGGCAACAUUGGCGAAACAUUCGAGAUUAACGGUCUGAGCCACUUCCCCAUGGACAUUGAAGCGUCCGUCGAGCGAUGCCACCGAAACAUUGUCACUGGUGGAUGUGCCGUCUUCCAAGCCGGCGGCCUCGUCGUUGUGCUUGCCGAGAUCACGCGCAAGGCAUACCUCGGCUCCGUUGUCCCGGUCAUCGUCAACGCCAUCCUCAACGAGCACCAGAUCAUCGUGGACAUUGUCGCAUUCGUUAAUAAGGGCGACUUCCCCCGGUCUCGGCUCGGCGAGAAGCAGCGCGGAAAGAUCCUGGCCGGCUGGGUCACCCGCAAGAUGCGCACCCUGGCCCAGUUCGCCAUCCGAGACAUGGACCCCGCGAGCAUGGGAGGCGAUCCCAGCGGCGUUCCCGACGGACCGGACCCCAACCGGGCUUCUAUCGGCAGCCAGCGGAGCAUGGGCGGGCUGGCACCCGGCUCCUCGAGCCUACGCAACGUCGAGCACGCGCCGCAGAUCUUGGAGCAGGAGGAGUUUGACCAGCAGCACGGACAGAUGGCCUCUCUGCCUCCUCAGGGUGGCAUCGCGGAAAUGCCGGGCGACGAGGGCCCCAUCUACCAAAGCCAGCCGAGAGCCCCGCAAGGUCACGGCUACGACCUCCCCGACUUUGACCAAUUCGGCCGCGACGACGGUCCGCCGCCGGUCGGAGCGAAGCCGGGCUCGAGGGCGGGACCGGGCGGGCCCCCGCCGCAGAUCAACCUGCCCGGCGUUGACGGACGCGAGAGCAUGGACCUGUGGAAGAGCAAGGACGGCGGGCAAGACGAGGACUGGACGGCCCAGGCGCUGAUGCACAUGAACCUCGCCAGCGAUUUGGAGAAGAAGCAGGGCCACAGCUGA